AUCUAUUACAUGGAAUCCACUUACUGAAGCUAGCUAUAAGACCAACCUAUGAUCAUUCUUCCUCUAUAUGUGCUGAAAAUUAACUGUAUAUAUAUAUCCAAAUUAAUCACCGGCGAAGAGCAAUGGCCAACCUGCAAAUUGUUCCGGCCGCCGGCAAGAACGUGUCGCCUCAGUAUGUUGAGAUGAAGGUUCCUCUCUACUCAUUUGGAUGCGAGAAGAAGGUUAAGAAGGCCUUGUCUCAUCUCAGAGGAAUACAUUCAGUUCAUGUAGAUUAUUACCAGCAAAAGGUGACAGUUUGGGGAAUUUGUAACAGAGAUGAUGUUCUUUAUGCUAUAAGGAAGAAGAGAAGGGAAGCUCGGUUUUGGGACGAAAUAGAGGCUGAAAAUAAAACUAUGGUAGAGGAGACUGAGAUUGAAGAGAUAGUAGCUUCAGAGCCAGCUGCAGCAGCAAGAGGGAACCGGUUUAAGUUCAGGAAAUCAUGGAAGAAAUUAUUUCCUUUGACACUGUACUUAAUGUCAUUUAGAUGAUUAGUUAAGUACUUGCAUAUGUUAUCUUUUGAAAUUUGUGUGUAUAUAUUGAUAACAGUUUGCUAAUCCUGAUAGAGCGAUUUGGAUUGAAUCAAAUGCUGAAAUUUGAAGGUUGAUAUAUCAUCAAAAAAUUAUUUUGA